AUGCCUCCGGGAGCAGAACUUCCCGCCCUAACCCUCCGAACGGGCAGCGCCGACCUCGCCCGUCCUCUCCCCCAGCGCUCUACCGACCCGGUUGUCUCGUCGCGCAGCCGCCAGGAAUAUCUUGAUUCUCUCGUUGUGCCAACAAAGGAAGAGUUCGACAAGAUUGCCGAGAAACAGGCUCAACGCGAGGCAGACUACAAGCGUCAACGUCGCGAACAGCGUCGCAGUCUAGAAGCUGCCGCUAUUCAGUCAGCGCCGUCGUCGGCCAGGCCUGGAACGGCGUCAAGCCAGCAACAACAACGACCAACUACCCACCAGAGUGAUGGUCACGGUAGUCAUAACCAUAAGCGCUUCUCUUCUCUGAUCAGCACCUUGAGCCGACACAGCUACGAAGAAGAGAAUGCAAUCCGGGAGGAGGCCGCGACAAUUAUCCAGCGGAAUUACAGAGGUUACCGUACGCGCCGCGAACUCCAGGGCUUGACGAUAAGUGCGUCGAGUCGAUGGAUGCAUACCAUUCGUGAGGCGCAGUGGCGGGAGGUGCUCGCGCCGAGACCGAGGAGUAGUAUCGAGCAGGAGGGAUUAUCGAGCGCGAGAAUGAAUUGGAAGAAGGCGACGGCUGUGGCGAGGCAUGCCGGGGGUGUAGAUAGGGUUGUGGAGGACGAAGACAAGAACGAGAAUUCCUCGAUCUCGUCUUCAUCCUCCUCCUCGUCAUCAUCUUCGUUGUCGUCGUCGUCGUCGUCGUCGUCGUCGUCUUCAUCUUCCGACUCGAAGGAAGGACUGCGCAACAAAAUAAAGAAAAAGGUCAAAUUCCAGAGAUAUAAACACAGGAAGAGCACGCGUAAGCAGAACCCCCCCGUCGAACCCCCCGACCCACGACCCAUGGCCCUCCAAUACUUCCUCGAAAUGGUCGACCAGCGCCACCGCUACGGCGCCAACCUCCUGCUCUACCAUGCCGUCUGGAAAGCCUCCGCCACCAACGAAAACUUCUUUUACUGGCUCGACGAAGGAGAAGGGAGAACCGUUAACCUCGAUGUCUGCCCUCGUUCUCGCCUCAAUCGCGAGUGCGUGCGCUACCUCUCCCCAGAAGAACGCAAGUACUACCUCGUCACUGUGGACAACCAAGGCCGUCUCUGCUGGGCCAAAAACGGCGAAAGAAUCGAUACGUCCACGCACUACCGCGACUCUAUAUAUGGCAUCGUCCCUAAGGACGAUCCAACUCCGGCAUGGAAGCCCCCUGGCGUAGAGGACACACUCUCCCCAUCGACCACGAACCCCUCCUCCCGCCGCUCCUCAACCUCUUCCUCCUCCUGGUCCUCUGCCUCCUUCUCCCCUCUCUCCACAACCUCCUCCUUCUCCGCGACAGCAGUAACCCGCUACCCGCCCGGUUCCUCCACCCUCCCUCCCGUAAUCUCCUCCCCCACACCCCUCUCCACCAACCCCCCCUCUCCAACAUCCGCCCGCCACUUCAACCCCCUAACCAACCUCAAGCCCUACCUCUCCCCAACCGCAAUAUUAACCACGUUACUAAGACACACAAUCCGCCCCAACACCUGGAUCUUCGUCCUAACUCCGAAGACAUCCCCCCCACAACUCUACAUCUCCCUCAAAUCUCCCGGCACAUUCCAGCACUCCUCCUUCCUCUCCGGCGGACCCACGGCCGCCGCAGGCCUCAUUCGGGUCCGCGACGGAUAUAUCACCCAUCUGUCACCACUAAGCGGACACUACCGGCCGCCGGCGAGCGAGAUGAAGUGGGUCGUUAGGGUGUUGAGAGAAGAGAUGGGGGUUGAUUUGAGACGGGUGAGGUUCAAAGGGAAGGGGUAUGUGUUGUUGAGGGGAUUGGAGGGGUAUGAAGAGGUGAAGAGGAAGGGGCGGGAGUUGAAGGGGAAGCUGGGAUGGGGCAAAACCGGGGAGGGGAAGGAGGAUAAGAAGAAGAUGAACAGGGGGUCAGGUGAGGUAGAUUUGGCUUAG